AUGUGUGAUGCAUCUUUAAUGAACAUGCACUUUCAUUAUGCGAAACAUUUAUACUAUACACAUUAUUUCGAUGGGAAGGGAUGUUUUGAGUGUCAUAUCUGUGGAAAGUUCCUUAGUUGUGAAGAAGCCCUUCAGAGACACAUGCUUAUUCAUGAAACUAGAGAAAUUCAUCAGUGUAAAACUUGUGGUCAGAAGUUUACAAUGGCUGCUAAUCUAAAAAUUCACCUUGAGCUCCAUGGGGACAAACCACAUGUUGCUAGAAAUCGUUUAGAUGAUUCAAAGAAGGUUCACCAGUGUGUUCAUUGUGGAUUGAAGUUUGCCCGUGAUGCCCAUGUGAAGCGUCACGUUCUAACUCAACAUUCAAGUGCAGAAGUUGUGGAAGCAGUCAGGGAGGAAGGGAGAAAGCGUUUAACAAAUAAUAGAACAAAAAAUGUAUUCACUAAACGUUACUUUCCUGGUUAUAUUCCAAAGCCAGAGGGAGAGACCUCCACUCAAGGAAGGGCUAGAAGAAAGGCCAAUAAGAAGAUGGCUGAAGCAGCAAGAGCUGCAAUGCAAGAAAUUAAAGAAGCUAAUGCUCGUUCAGAAGCAUAUAAGCAAAGCCAAUUGGAAAAGCAACAGAAAAGCAAUUCUACUGCCCAACAACUUCCUGCCCAACAACCUCAGUCCCUUCCUUCUCCUCUACCUACCCAGGUGCCUUUACAAAGACCAAUGGCACCCCCCAUGCAUCAACUCCAACCUCAGAUGGCUCCUGCAUCAAUGCCUCAGCCAUCACAUUCUCAUUCAUAUUCACAUACACAGCUAGGUGGUCUCCCCCAACCAGGUGGUCUUCCUCCACCAAAUCCCAUGCAUAACCAGAUAUCUGUCCCCAUGCACUCUCAGAGACCUGGACCACCUCAUGCCCACAGUUCAUCAAUGCCACAAAUGCAUGUCAAUAUGGAACAGUACUAUGGAGGACCUUCAGCAACUAGGGACUUGUAUAACUACUUCAAAUUGUGAUCAGUUAUUAAUAUGAUGAACAACUUGGAUAGCAGAAGGAAGUGUUAAACAUUAUUUCGCAAAGACAAAAUGAUGUUAAUGGAAAAAGUUUACAUAAUUUGUUGUUGCCUGAAUGCAACAAUAUGAUUGGAUAUUUGAAAUUUCUUAAGUUAAACUCUGAUCCUAAAGUUUAAUAACAUAUCUACCUUUACUGUGAAUACCAAAAUAUGAAGUGCAAAUUACAAGACAGUGUGUGUCUCUUAUAAUUCAUAAAAGAAUGUUCAACUAAUGAUACAAUUUAUAGAUUGUUCCAAGUUUUUGAAUUUUAAGAUAAGAGCUAUAAAGAUUCAAAGGCCUUAUAAUGUUUUAGUAUAGUCAUAUCAUAGAAGGUGUUCUUAAUCCAGAAUACAAGUGAUCAUGAUCUGAAACUUAACAACAUGUGUCCAAUGAGUUUCAAAAAUGAUCAUGUAACUGAACAAGUAUUCUGUGUAUAUCUUUUAAAUCUUUA